CAACAGAUGACUAGAUACCAAAACAAACCAGACUUCAAAUCAAUUGUACUUUGUUUUCGAGAUUCCACAUACUUCACUUGAUUGCAAAUGCGUUUUUUUCUUUAGCAAACAUGUCGAAAUUCUUCUCAAGCCCCUUUCUGGUCUUCUCCUCAGCCAUCGCGUUGAGAAUAGGCCUCUUCUUCUACGGGCUCUGGCAAGAUGCCAAUUCCCCCAUGAAAUACACAGAUAUCGACUACUACGUCUUCACCGAUGCAGCGCGCUUCACUGCUCACGGCCACUCGCCAUAUGACCGUGAGACUUACCGCUACACGCCACUUUUAGCGUGGAUGCUGUUGCCAACAACAUGGUCAAGCACGUGGUUUUCGUUUGGCAAGGUCUUGUUUGCGGUUGGUGAUAUCGUGGCUGGGUGGUUGAUCAUUAUGGUGUUGAGAAGCUCGAAUAAGAUGUCGAUGGAGAGGGCCUUGAAGUUUGCGAGUAUUUGGUUGUUGAACCCCAUGGUAGCUACCAUUAGCACGAGGGGCAGUUCUGAGGGCUUGCUGGGUGUUAUUGUUGUUGCGCUGCUAUGGGCAAUUACUCAGAAGAAGAUUGUUCUUGCUGGCUUCCUGCUUGGAUUCGGGGUACAUUUCAAGAUCUACCCGUUCAUUUAUGCUCCAUCAAUCAUAUGGUGGCUAGAUGAUGAACAGUUGGGACGAAGCAAGCCAGCGAAAGAGGGUGAAGGUUCAGACCUCGUCAGCCUGGUGAAGAACUUCAUCAACGGACCUCGAAUAACCCUGACAAUCUCGAGUCUCCUCACAUUCCUCUCCCUCAACACACUCAUGUACAUCAUUUACGACUACCCAUUCCUCCAACACACCUACCUCCACCACGUAACCCGCAUCGACCAUCGCCACAACUUCUCCCCCUACAACACGCUCCUCUACCUCUCAUCCUCGAUCCCAGACCCGUCCCCGACCGCCAUCAAACUCGAAUCCCUAGCCUUCAUCCCCCAACUAUUCCUCUCCGCCGUCGCUCUCCCCAUUCUCCUCGCCAAGAAAGACCUAGCUAGCACCAUGCUAGCACAGACUUUUGCUUUUGUGGCUUUCAACAAAGUGUGCACGAGCCAGUAUUUCCUCUGGUACACAAUCUUCCUGCCCUUCUACCUACCGACCUCGACCCUACUCUCACGCCCGUACCUCGGUCUCUCCGCAGCUGGUCUUUGGAUCCUGACGCAAGCGCUGUGGCUGCAGCAAGGGUACCAGCUUGAGUUUCUAGGGAACAGUACCUUCGUGCCGGGAUUAUGGGUUAGCAGUUUACUGUUCUUUGGCGUCAAUGUUUGGAUUCUAGGGAUUAUAUGUUCUGACAUCGAGGCCGGGACUGCACCUGUGAUCACAAAGCCAGAGCAGCGUCCGUUGAGGAAAAAGAAAGAAGUCAAAGUCAAAGCGAAAGGAAAAGGGAAGGUAAGUGUGCUGGACAUCGGGAUAUGCAGAUAGACGGUGAGGUGGGUUGAACCAGGAAGCCAUGUAAAUUACAUGCAAGCCAACUAGGUACGGGAAAAACAUCUAUGGACACAUCUCCUCCAUCCCGACCAAGCAAAAAAGAUCGUCGCUCCAUUAUGCUCCAGCCCAACCUAGUGUCCCAUGCACUUUUCACAAUGGAAAGAGAACGCCAGAUUAUGCUCAAUUAUGCUCCCGUUCCAGUACCAGCAAAGGCCGAAUAACAACUCCUUCGCUGAAAAAUGCAAAUUUUCAAUUUCAAAUUC